AUGGUUCGUCAGGGUAUUUCUGUGCGUGGUAAAAGCAAUAUUUCUUUUGUGGUUUCCCAAAAUACACGACGAGAAUCUAUUGGACACUACAAUUGUGAAAACGUCCAGGGUAUGGAGUUGGAGGAUGAGAAUCCAUAUGCAAUGAUAAGACCAGGAAGUCAAGCAUCAGAACGAAGCAGACGCCCAAGAGGACAUCAGACGGUACUAGGGGGGCCACGACAAGGAAGAAGAAAUCGACAAAUACUGCCAUCUUCUGCAGCGCAAGAGGCAUCUGUGCGUGAAGAGUAUGAUCAACCAGAGGUUCAAGGAAAUAUCCCAUCAGCAGAUUUCGAUCAUCAUAUGAACCUAACUGAGUCAUUUAAUUAUAACAGACCGUUACCGCGAUCUCCCUAUCGUUUGGGCGCACACACUGCCAAUGCAGAUGGAGGGUCAUCUCGUUCAACCUUCGUGGAGAAACUAAAAUCUUCAUACAGUAACAUACCUUCAUUUUCUCAUUGGAAGCGACGAAACGCUAAGGACGAGUUAAUGGUUGGUUUCGUCGGUGCUGGGUACUACACCGCACUCACAUUGGGAGCUUUCGCUGAUCUGGGCUACUACAGAGUUAAUUGGGCAAUGGCAGAGCAGAUGAGUUGGGGCAAUAAAGCUGGUUGUGAAUUUUUGAAUGAUAAAUGUGUGAAGGAAGGCAGUACUAAAUUCCCUGAUAUGUUCUGCACAACCGAAUCCACAGAUGGUACUGAUUCACUACAGUGCACAUCUGACCGCCAGUCGAUGGGGAGAUGCGGCAUUCAAACCUAUGAGAGGGACCUUGAGGGACAGUUCCAAUACUUUUCUGACGCAAUGACAGGAGGUGAAAGGGCGUCUCAAAUGGAUUAUUGCCCUUUUAUUACAGCAGAGUCAGGUUUCAGUUGCAUCAAUGGGGAGCAGAGUGAUAAUAUGCCUGGAAGUUUAAUUGCUGCCAACUCACGUUGUGUACAGGGGGAGAAUCUGAUCGCUGACGAUACAGCUGUUGGUGCCGUGUGUGUGGAAGUGUCUUGCAAGUUCAAAGUGGUAAGUGUGCGGUACAGUGGAAACAUUGAGUGGCACAGUUGUUAUGAAGGGGAAACCCUAACUGUGAACAGCGGUGCACUACAAGGUAAAAUUGUGUGCCCCAAAUACGCUGAUGUGUGCAAUACAAUCAACAGAAAGGUGGAUGAAUCCCAGGGUCCACGAACACGAGCAGCGAUAAUGGGGGUUCGUGGUAAUGAUGGGAACACUGAUGGUAGUGUGACUGCUGCUAUUUUUGCGCCACUUUUGUUCAUUUUCUUGGCCGUGUCUACAAUAAUGGCUCCAUGA